AUGUCCUCACCAGGCCGUAGCGGCCUACCACCAGACCCGCCCCACGAGUCAACACCACCUCCCGAGCCCACGUCGUCUGGGCAGGUUCCCGGACAGGGUGGGCCGUCGGUGACUGCCGACGCGCCACCCGAGAUGCCCCCGCCCGAUGAUGGCGAAGAGUCCGGAGACCCAGCGCCACCUGGACCUAACGGCGGCGGCUCAAACGCUCGCCGUCCACUCAGCUCAUUCACUUUCGUCUCGCCAGUCCCCAUGAAUCGCCCAGAGGGAGGCGAGGAGCAACCAGACGACGGCAACCGCCUUGUUCUCACAUGGACUAUCGAGGUCUUCCCCAACGAUGGUUCGGAGGGAAUGAAUGGCGAGGCGCCGACUGAUGCCCCGGGUGUCGACGGUGACGCCCUUCCACAAGCCGACGCCGACGCCGGCCACGGCGUCCACGGCCCCCCUGGCGCCGCACUACCUACCGGCGGCGAUGGUUCUACAGGCGACGGCGAGGCUCACCAAGCUGGGGGUACGGACGCCGACCGUAACACUGGCACCAUCUUUCUCGUGCUGGGCCCAGACGGUCGCGUGAUUCCCCGUCCCGGCGGCGACGAUGGUGGCCAGCCUCCUCCUUUCUUCUUCCCUUUUGGCCUGCCCUUCACCUUUCAGCCGCCUCCUCCCGCUCCAGACCCAGCCAAGGCCGCCGAACUGCUCGCCUCGCUCCCUACUGUCGGUCGCGCCCUGCUCAAGCGUGUGAACAUGGUCGUCGCCGCAGAGGACGCCGCAGGUGGCAAGGAGUAUGAUGACCGUGGGUGGCGUUGUGGUAUCUGCCUCGAAGGCCUCGAGGAGGAAGCCGAACGUGACGAGCCCGAGCAGGCUGUCAAAGCCCUUCCCUGCAACCACCUUUUCCACGAGGGCUGCCUCCAACCAUGGUUCACGACGCACCAUACCUGCCCUACUUGCCGUCUGGAUCUCGACCCUCUGCGCACUCUGCAUGGUCCUCGCGAAACCCGCGCUAACCCCUUGCGCCCUGCACCCACUGGGUCCGGACGCACCACACCAGCCUCGGCGGCACACCCAUAUGCCAGAGGCGACCGCAGUCGUGCCCGCUCUGGUGUUCAGACACCUCUCAACCCCGAUGCCCAAGCUCAAGCUCCACCGGCAGACACACCCGUCCCCGUCCCUACACCGCUCAACGCGCCGACGCCACAGUCGAUUCUGGAGAGCCUCGUCUCCCAGGUGACCCAGGCAGCGUUUGGACAGGCGAUGCGCCAGAACCAGCUGUUUGACAACCACCUCACCGCGUCGCCAGCCCCCAUGGGACCUCCGGAGCCACCUCGUACAGCUGAUACCCCUGGUUCGCCUUCACCAGCUGCCGGUCCCAGCCGUUCGGCGACUGUCGAGAACCAGACCCAGGCCAACCCCUCGCCUGCGACUGCCGGUGCCAGCAGUGAGGCCCGUCCUACUCCGGAACGUCGCCCCCACAUCCAUUUCAUUCGUGUUCCCAGUCCCAUGAAUGGCGGCCAUGGCCCCGCUCCUCCUCCUCGCGAGAACGCAACCACUCCAGGCACUGCGUCGGCGACUCCUGCUCCCAAUGCAACCGCGAACCCACCGAACGCCGAGGAUGCAGGCCGCCGCAUGAUGAACUUUCCCCUGGAGUUCUUCUUCCUUCGCCCCCAGCCGCACGGCGUGCCAAUGGCCCCUCCUCCGGCUCCACCGGCUCCCGAGACCCCCGCUGUCCCCGAGCGCACCUUUGUGCCGCAGACACUGCAGUCAUGGACCGAGCAGCGCGAGAAGACACUUGGCUGGCGUUGCGACGCUGUCGAGUGUCUCGUAGCCCAUCCCAUUCCGGAGAGCGGCGCAGAGGACAUGGACCUCGACGACAGCGUUGACUCGGACCUCACCGUCCCUGACAAGGACAUGCUCUCAAUCUACGCGCCCACCCAGGCUGCCUUCCCCGCAGUCGCCGAGGGCGAGGAGGCCCACGCCGGCGCCAACUACGUUAUUCUUGCUUGCGACCACCGCUGGCACCGUACCUGUCUGGAGACGGCGGAGCGCAGUGCCGGCCACAAGGCUGGUGCCGAUGUGGACGGUCGCGAGUGGGUCCGCUGCCCUCGUUGCCGCAAGGAGGGCUGGAUCACUCCUCGCAGUGAGACCCCAGUCAAUGUGGCUCCUACCGUCGCCGUCGAGGCGUAA